UCGAUGCUUGUCCACCUCUAGCCAAAACAGCGUGCAACUAUUUUUUUACCUGUUAACGAAUAAUUCAAAAUAAAACCGAAAUAAUGGGCGAUUCCGAAGCAGAGGAGACCAAAAUCAGCACCGAGCCGGUGGACAAUGCGUGGUCCAUGAAGAUACCGACCUUCAGGCAGGAGGACAACCCGCACGGGAUGGUGGAGGAGAGCUCCUUCGCCACGCUGUUCCCGAAGUACCGCGAGCGGUAUCUCAAGGAGGUGUGGCCCCUGGUGGAACAGUGCCUGGAGGAGCACCACCUGAAGGCCGAGCUGGACCUCAUGGAGGGCAGCAUGGUGGUGCGGACGAGCCGCAAGACCUGGGACCCCUACAUCAUCAUCAAGGCGCGCGACAUGAUCAAGCUGAUGGCCCGCAGUGUGCCCUUCGAGCAGGCGAAGAGGUGCCUCCAGGACGAUAUCGGCUGUGACAUCAUCAAGAUCGGCAAUUUGGUCCACAAGAAGGAGAAGUUUGUGAAGCGGCGACAGCGCUUGAUUGGACCCAAUGGCGCCACACUCAAGUCUAUUGAGUUGCUCACCGAUUGCUAUGUCCUCGUCCAGGGAAACACCGUCUCCGCUUUGGGUCCCUACAAGGGCCUCCAGCAGGUGCGCGACAUUGUGCUCGAAACCAUGAACAAUGUCCAUCCGAUUUACAACAUCAAGGCGCUGAUGAUCAAGCGGGAGCUCAUGAAGGAUCCCCGCCUGGCCAACGAGGAUUGGUCGCGGUUCCUGCCCAAAUUCAAGAACAAGAACAUCAGCAAACGCAAGCAGCCGAAGGUCAAGAAGCAGAAGAAGGAGUACACCCCCUUCCCGCCCAGCCAGCCGGAGAGCAAGGUGGACAAGCAGCUGGCCAGCGGCGAGUACUUCCUCAACCAGGAGCAGAAGCAGGCCAAGCGGCACCAGGAGCGCAGCGAGAAGCAGAAGGAGGCGGCCAAGCGGCAGGACGAGCGCCGCAACAAGGACUUUGUGCCGCCCACGGAGGAGGCGGCUUCUUCGAGGAGCAAGGAGGAUGGUUCCUCCUCCAGCAAGGUGGACGUGAAGGCCCUCAAGGCCAAGCUGAUCAAGGCCAACAAGAAGGCGAGGAGCUGAUAGUUUUCAUAGUUUUAAUUAGCCGUAGGUUUAUUCAAUAAAAGUAAGCAAGAAAAUAUAAAUGGAAA